GCUUAUAUUUACUUACUCUUUUUAGCGUUGCUCCCACUACUGGGACUCAUCUUCUACACAUUAUUGGGAGCAAUUCUCUUCAGCGAAUUGGAAGGUCCAAACGAGCAGUACGAAAUGGAGCAGCUACAAAAGCAAAGGCAGGAGCUUUUCGAGAAUACAGUAUAUCGACUGAACAACGUGCGAGCAAUGCAACCGAUGGCAGCAUUGAACCAUACGCGGAAGAGUCUUCUGAAAUUUCAAGAGAAGCUCGGUAUAGAGCCAGUUAACUUCGAAGAAACGCGAUGGAAUUUUUGGGGAGCGGUUUUUUACUGCAUGACCGUUUACACCACAAUUGGUUAUGGUAACAUCGUGCCAGCGACGGUGCCAGGCCGUGUGCUAACCAUCCUCUAUGCAUUCAUCGGAAUCCCCUUUGCUGUUCUCACCCUCUUCGCGCUGGGAGCGGUGAACGCAGCUGUAGGAUUCGAUGAGGGUGGUCAGAUGUCACACUCUUCCUCUUCAUUAGAAGAUGAGGAUCUUCUCUCAUUCCCUAUUUCGUUUCUUGUGCUAUUGACAAUUCUGUGGGUGUUCUUCUGCGCCUGGAUAUUUACACUUUUGGAGGAUUGGAGUUAUGGUACAGCACUGUACUUCACGCUAAUUUCGUUCACAACUAUUGGUUUUGGAGACGUCCUGCCGUCGGAAUAUGAUUACAUUGUCAUUGUUGGCUUUCUAUUGCUCGUCGGCCUCUCACUAGUCUCCACUGUGCUGACGCUCAUUCAGCAACAAAUUGAGGCUCUUGCUUCGGGUAUGCAAGCAAACAUUGACCGUGAAUAUAUGAACGCUCUUGCUGAGGCUGCCGACGAAGGGGCAAUCUCCGACGCGGACUUCAAGCGGAUGCAUUCCGGUAACAAUACUGUGGAUGUGGAUAUUUCGGAAACCAAAGAACUUGAUCCACGCUCUAUGGACGCCGUUAUAUCUCGAAUGCCUCUUAAGGAACGUCUUCUGUACCGAGUUAUGCCGGCAUCGGCUAAGAAAAGGCUCAAUGAAGCUUCUGAGCAGAAGCUGCACAGGAAAAACAAAGCAACACAAACAGAUAUGUUCCUCCUUGAAGUGCGUCAUUCAGGAAUCUAA